AUGAAGAAACCAGGAUACUCUAAAAACCCCAUCAUAACCCGGAUACUGAUGUGCAUGCGUCCUGGGCUGCAGCAGCACCUCUGCCCUCUCACUGUGGACCAGACUGGACCGAACAUGGAUCCCUCUAAACCCACUGACCCCCGAAAAACUCAGAGAGUGGAACAGCCGAGUCCAAAGGUCCAUCAGACACAGCUGGACUCCAUAUUUAAGCGUCUGGAGGAGGACAUCGUCACUUUUGUCCAGAAAGAGCUGAAGAAGCUCCACAAGGUUCUGAGUACAGAUUACCCAGAAUGCUUAGAGCUUUUGAAGGACGAGGAUGAAGAGCAGAGGAGCUGCAGUGAGGCUGUUCUGAAGAUCACACUGAACUUCCUGGGGAGGAUGAAGCAGAAGGAGCUGGCUGGGAGUUUGUGGAGCAGGAGUUAUUCUCGGGUUUAUCAGAGUAAACUGAAGUCUGACCUGCAGCAGAAGUUUGAGUGUGUGUUUGAGGGCAUCGCUAAAGCAGGAAACCCCACCCUUCUGAAACAGAUCUACACAGAGCUCUACAUCACAGAGGGAGAACCUUCACAGGUCAACCAGGAACAUGAGGUCAGACACAUGGAAACAGCCCCCAGGAAACCAGGCCCAGCAGAGAAAACCACCACAUGUGAAGACAUGUUUAAAGGUCCAGCUCACAGACAUGAACCAAUCAGAACAGUGCUGACAAAGGGAGUGGCUGGCAUCGGGAAAACAGUGCUCACGCAGAAGUUCAGUCUGGACUGGGCUGAAGGCAACGCCAACCAGGACAUUGACCUGCUGUUCCCGUUCACUUUCAGAGCACUCAACGUGCUGAAGGAGAGAAGCUUCAGCUUGGUGACACUUAUUCGUCACUUCUUUAGUCAAACACAAGCAGAAAUCUGCAGCUUUGAAGACCUCCAGGUGCUCUUCAUCUUUGACGGUCUGGACGAGUGCAGACUUCCUCUGGACUUCACCAAAACCAAGGCCCUGACCGACCCCACAGAGUCCGCCUCAGUGCACGUGCUGCUGGUGAACCUCAUCAGGGGGAGCCUGCUUCCCUCUGCUCGCCUCUGGAUAACCACACGACCCGCGGCGGCCAAUCAGAUCCCUGCUGAGUGCGUCUCCAUGGUGACAGAGGUCAGAGGGUUCACCGACCUGCAGAAGGAACAGUACUUCAGGAAGAGGUUCAGAGACGAGGCCGACACAAUCAUCUCCCACAUCAAGACGUCCAGAAGCCUCCACAUCAUGUGCUACAUGCCGAUCUUCUGCUGGAUCUCUGCCACAGUCCUGGAGCAUGUGUUAAAAGCAGAGGAGAGCCUGCCCAAGACCCUGACUCAGAUGUACAUCCACCUCCUGGUGGUUCAGGCCAAAGUCAAGAAAAUCAAGUAUGAAGGAGGAUCUGAGACAGACCCACACUGGAGUCCUGAGACAAGGAAGAUGGUGACGUCUUUGGGAAAACUGGCCUUUGAGCAGCUGCAGAAAGGAAACCUGAUCUUCUACGAGAGUGACCUGAGUGAGUGUGGGCUGGAAGCUGCAGCGGCCUCAGUGUACUCUGGAGUAUUCACACAGAUCUUUAAAGAUGAGCCAGGACUGUACCAGGAAAAGGUCUACUGCUUCAUCCAUCUGAGUGUGCAGGAGUUUCUGGCUGCUCUUCAUGUCCAUCUGACCUUCAUCAACACUGGGAUCAACCUUUUAGCAGAGAAAAUGUCAAGUUUCCCCAGAAUACAGCAUCAAAUCACGUACAAAGAUCCUUUCAAGUUUUACCAAACAGCUGUGGACCAAGCCUUACAAAGUCCAAAUGGACACCUGGACCUGCUGCUUCGCUUUCUCCUGGGUCUUUCAGUGUCGACCAAUCAGAGCCUUCUACAAGGUCUGCUGACACAGACAGAAAGUAGCUUUCAGACCAAUCAGAAAACAGCUGAGUACAUCAAGAUGAAGCUGAGUGAGGAUGUGUCUGCAGAGAGGAGCAUCAACCUGUUGCAUUGUCUAAAUGAACUGAAUGAUCGUUCUCUGGUGGAGCAGAUCCAACAGUACCUGAGAUCAGGAUGUCUGUCUGAAGGUGGACUGUCUCCUGCUCAGUGGUCAGCUCUGGCCUUCAUCUUACUGUCAUCAGAAAAAGAUCUGGACCAGUUUGAGCUGAAGAAAUACUGUGCUUCAGAGGAGGCUCUCCUGAGGCUGCUGCCAGUGGUCAAGGCCUCCAACAAAGCUCUACUGAGCAGCUGUAACCUGUCAGAGAGAAGCUGUGAAGCUCUGUCCUCAGUCCUCAGCUCCCAGUCCUCUAGGCUGAGAGUCCUGUACCUCUGUCAUAACGACUUGAAGGACUCAGGGCUGAAGAAAUUGUCUGUUGGACUGAAAAGUCCUCACUGUAAAUUGGAACAGCUCAGACUGUCAGGUUGCCUGGCCUCAGAGGAAGGCUGUGCUUCUCUGGCCUCAGCUCUGAGGUCCAACCCCUCCCAUCUGAGAGAACUGGACCUAAGCUACAACCAUCCAGGAGACACAGGAGUAAAGCUCCUGUGUGCUCUACAGGAGGACCCCCACUGCACACUGGACACUCUCAGACUGGAGCCUGCAGGUGUUCACUGGUUGAAAAUGUGCCCAUGGAAGAAUUUCUGUGAUCUCACUCUGGAUCCAAACACAGCUCACAGGCUCCUCAAACUGUCCGACAACAACAAGAAGGUGACACGAGUGAAAGAGCAGCAGCCGUAUCCAGAUCAUCAGGACAGAUUUGAGACCUGGACUCAGAUUCUGUGUUCCGGCGGUCUGUCCGGUCGCUGUUACUGGGAGGUCGAGUGGAGUGGAGGGGUUUCUAUUUCGCUGUCUUACAGAGGAAUCAGGAGGAAAGGAGACAAUGACAGUUUGUUUGGACGCAACGAUCAGUCCUGGAGUCUGGCCUGUUCUAAAGACGGUUUAUCUGUCUGGCAUAAUAACAGAGAAACCCACCUCCCUCAGCGCAGGUCCUCCUCUUCUGGGAGAGUAGCAGUGUUUGUGGACUGUCCUGCUGGCUCUCUGUCCUUCUACACAGUCUCCUCUGACCAACUGACUCACCUCCACACCUUCAACACCACAUUCACUCAGCCUCUGUUCCCUGGAUUUGUGCUCUUGUUUGACUCCUCGGUGUCUCUGCGUGCUCCAUCGUACUUACUCUGA